AUGCGUGUCGCUACCACUCUCAUUGUCGCUGCCUUGUCGUCUCUGGCUAUGGCCGCCCCAGCUCAGACUGAGGGAUCAUCCGGCUACGCCGACAUCAUCGUUAGAAAGAACCUCGGAGGCGUCACUGGUGACCACACCGACACCAGAAUCCUCGUGCCUCUUGGCAAGAUGUUCACCGGCCACCCAGCUCUUGAGGCCGUCUCUACCCUCAUCCUUGAUGGGGCUAUCGGAACCGAUAUCACUACCGUCAGCUGCACCCCUUUCAAGAACCCCGAUGGCACCGGGAAUGCUGGCGCUUCCUUUUCAAAGGACCGUCCUUCUUACCUUUCCACCAACACUAUCACAGUCGGCAGCGUUUUCUGCGGCUAA